AUGGUUGGUGAUUUAAAACAUGGCAGAACUGUUCAUUCACUUGCAAAAUUAUUAACUAUAUACAGUGAUAAAUCAAUUUCACUGUAUUAUGUUUCUCCACCUUCGUUAGCUAUGCCUCAGGAUGUAAUUGACUGUGUUACAGCAGCAGGCAUCCCACAAGUGUGUGAUCUUUAUAAAAUAACACCAAAAUUUAUGCGUAAAGCGAAAAAACAUGGCAAGAUGAUUGUUAUGCAUCCAUUACCUCGUCUUGAUGAAAUAAGUACUACAUUUGAUAGUGAUCCUCGAGCUGCAUAUUUUCGUCAAGCUGAAAACGGUCUUUAUAUUCGUAUGGCUUUACUAACAAUCAUACUUUCCAAAUAA